UGUCCAGCAGCACAGAGCAGUCGGAAACGCUGCAGCGGACCACAGACUUCUCGCCACAACACCACCCAACACACACCACACACUCACACACGCACACACACACACAUACAUACAACUAGAGGAUGAGAGAGGCAGAGGCGUAACCAGGAGAAGCACCGUCAAGAAAAAGGAAAGCCACUCUUUUGUCUCCAUGGACACUCAACUUCCUCCGAGCAGUUCUUAGUCUGUGUAGCGCAGUAGCGGACUCUUGCCAUCCGCUUAAUAAUUCAUCAGGUCGGUCUCUGAGCUUUGAGCCUGCAGCGCUCACCAACUUUUCCCCCUCUAACUUUCGCAGCAGCAGUCGGCUGUUUCAGCAACUCUCCUUUUAUACUUCAAACGGUUGGCGCAGAGGAAAACAGGUUCAUGCACUUUGUGAGCAUCUUAUAUGUGUGUGUGUGUGUGUGUGUGUGUGUGUGAGUGAGUGAGUGUGUGUAUGAGGAGAGUGGGCGAAAGGUGUGUGUGUGUGUUGUCUGGACAGAGGGCAUCCUGCUCAUCUCAUUCUUGGACUUGGGACCCAUUGUUAAAACCGCAGCUCUUGUGGGACUGAACGAGCAAGAGGCUGUGUGAGAAGCACUCUGGAGGCCACGGAGAGGCUCGUAUGGGACGUACAUCUCAUCUGUGAGCACCGCUGGUGAAAGCAGUGUUUAGGCUGUUUUAGGGGUUGUCUGUGCACCCUUGGAUUCUCUGUCAUCAUGGCUGGCUGUACCUGCCGCUGCAGACAGGGGGUGCUAAAGCUCAUUCAGUCCCUUCAGAGGCUUGUCUCGGGAACCCUCAGCAAAGAUAAUGUAGAUGAUGAAUUAGAGAUGACAAUGGUCUGCCAUCGGCCUGAGGGUCUUGAGCAGCUCGAGGCGCAGACGAACUUCACCAAGCAAGAGUUACAAGUCCUUUACAGAGGCUUCAAAAAUGAGUGUCCAAGUGGAGUGGUGAAUGAGGAGACAUUUAAACACAUCUAUGCACAGUUUUUUCCACAUGGAGAUGCCAGCACAUAUGCACAUUAUCUCUUCAAUGCGUUUGACACCAGAAAUGAUGGAUCCAUAAAGUUUGAGGACUUUGUGAUGGGACUAUCUACUCUACUGCGAGGGACGGUCAGAGAGAAACUAGAAUGGACAUUUCAUCUCUAUGACAUUAACAGAGACGGAUUUAUCAAUAAGGAGGAAAUGACAGAGAUAGUGAGGGCCAUCUAUGACAUGAUGGGGAAGUACACGUAUCCGGCUUUAAAAGGGGAUGUACCAAAACAGCAUGUGGAUGUCUUCUUUGAGAAAAUGGACAAAAACAAAGAUGGAGUUGUAACAUUGGAAGAGUUUGUCCUUGCCUGUCAGGAGGAUGAAAACAUGAUGAGAUCCAUGCAGCUCUUUGAAAAUGUGAUGUAGAGAAGAAGAAAUGAACACGAAAUAAUGCAAGAGGGAUUUUACGUUUAAAUAUAUAUUUGCUAUAUUUCACUGAACUGAGUUCUGGGGGAAUAUGAUGGCCAGAGAGGGAUAAGAGUCUGUGGGCUUUGUUUUUCUCUCUCUAUUCAAACUUUGUAACAUAUUCAGUGUUGUUUCUUGCUGGUGUUUUGGGAAAUUGCCCAGAAUCCACUUUGAUCCAGCCACGGAAGACUACAUAUGUUUGAAAGGCAUUUCCUGACUAGUGGGUGGUGAUGAUCAACAUCCUUCUUCCCUACGAAAAAGAAAGCUUGAGUGGCUUUUUUCAUUUGCUUGACCCUAGAGCUCAGGACUUUACAUUUGGUGUACUGGAACUGCAUUCAGGAGGAAAUACAGCCUCCUUUGCUUGCUUUCUUUGCCAAAAGAGCUUGCAUGAG